AUGUCGACUGGAGUCGACAAUCAACAGCAACCUCAAAAGUUCAUAGACUUGGAUUCCGUCGCCCGUCACCGUUCGGUGUCCCGCAGUAACGGUUCCACUGUCCCCCCGUCCAUUCACGACCAAGUGUCCGAUAAACAAUCCGACAAGAUGGUUUCUCAAAGUCAAAAGUCCCGUUGGCUGAAGACCGGCGCCAUUGUCGGCCUCAUUUUCAUGGUUCUCCUGUGGCUCUCGCCGUCGAAGUCUGCAGUUUCCGGUUUCACCCAGGCAAAAGCGCCUUCUGCUGGUGGUGUCUCAACCAAGUGCACCAAGCCCUUCGAUUCGUCCAAGCCCCUGAUUCAAUAUGCCCUUAUGGUUGACGCCGGCAGUACCGGUUCUCGCAUCCACGUCUACCGCUUUAACAACUGCGGCUCCACCCCGGAAUUGGAGAACGAGGUCUUCGAGCAGACCAAGAAGAAGGAGGGUGGCUCCGGCCUCAGCUCCUACAAGGAGGAUGCCGAGGGUGCGGCUCGCAGCCUGGAUCCCCUGCUGGAGGUUGCCUUGCAGAAUGUCCCCGAGGAUUACCGGUCGUGCACCCCAAUUGCCGUCAAGGCUACCGCUGGACUGCGUAUCCUGGGUCCUGAACUGAGCAAGAAUAUUCUGGAGGCCGUGCGCACUCGUUUGGAAACUGUCUAUCCUUUCCCCGUUGUCGCCCGCGAGAAGGGUGGUGUCGAGAUCAUGGACGGGUCUGACGAGGGUGUUUAUGCCUGGAUUACCACCAAUUACCUCCUGGGCAAGAUUGGUGGCCCUGAUGAGACUCCCACGGCUGCUAUCUUCGAUCUUGGCGGUGGCUCCACUCAGAUUGUGUUCCAACCUACCUUCGAGAAGAGCAAGGCUGGUGGCAUGCCCGAGCACUUGGCCGAGGGUGACCACAAGUACGAGCUGAAGUUUGGUGGUCGUGAGUUUGAGCUGUACCAGCACUCUCACCUUGGCUACGGUCUGAUGUCUGCCCGAGAAGCCAUGAACCGUGUGGUUCUGGAGGCCAUGCUGGCUAAUAACGACAAGGACCUGUCGUGGCUGAAGAGCCCGAUUUCCAACCCUUGCAUUCAGCCCGACAUGGAGAAAGAAGUCACUGUGACUUUCCCUGAGGGCCACCCUCUUAGCCCGUCGGUUAAAGUGGUCAUGGCUGGUCCCCGGGACGCCUCCGCCGCUCCUCAGUGCCGCGCUAUUGCCGAGAAGAUUUUGAAGAAGGACACCGACUGCAAGCUGGCUCCUUGCUCUUUCAACGGUAUUCACCAGCCAUCUCUUGAGAAGACUUUCGCUCACGAAGAUGUUUAUAUCUUUUCUUACUUCUUUGACCGUACUGCGCCUCUGGGCAUGCCCUCUUCAUUUACCCUCGAUGAGCUGCACAAGCUUACGGCUACCGUCUGCGGUGGUGAGGAUAGCUGGAAUGUGUUUGAGGGCGUGGAGGGUGCGCUCAAGGACCUCCGCGGCCGUCCGGAUUGGUGCAUGGACCUCAACUUCAUGAUGGGUCUCCUGCACACUGGUUACGAGAUGCCUUUGUCCCGUGAGGUCAAGAUCGCCAAGAAAAUCAAGAAUAACGAGCUGGGCUGGUGCCUUGGUGCGAGCUUGCCUCUUCUUAGCCAGGAGUCUGGCUGGACCUGCCGUAUCAAGGAAGUCUCAUAG